GCGACGGCGUCUUCAUUUUCGGCAAAAGAAUCUGGCACUGGAGACUGACAAGAGAACAGAACAGUGAGCCAAGAUUGUAACAAGCCUGAGAGAGUGAAGAAAGCACUACAGCAGACUCUUCAGGCUCUCUGGUGGAUGUUUAGGACUGGUGUGUGUCUGGGACUACCUGCACCAUGAACAGCUUCAUUGUCACAGUCCUUAUCUGGACCACAGUGGCAUAUGCUGAAGAGGAGAAGGCACUUAAAGAGAUCCAUGAGUAUGGUUUCCAAAAGUGCCAGAAUGCUCUGAAUCUACCUGUUUUGGAAGUGCUACCUGGAGGAGGCUGGGAUAAUCUGAGGAAUAUGGACAUGGGGCAAGUGAUGGACUUGACAUACAACAACUGUAAGACCACAGAAGACGGACAGUACAUCAUCCCUGAUGAUGUCUUUACUAUUCCUCAGAAAGAGAGCAACCUGGAGAUGAACUCAGAAAUCCUGGAUUCCUGGGAGAAUUACCGAAGCACUACUUCCUUUUCCAUUAACUUGAAUCUCGAUUAUCGUCCCAGAGUCAACGGCAAGUUCUCUUCUGAGUUCCAAAGGAUAAAGACCACUCAAGUGAGAGACCAGGCUGUAACCACACGAGCUCAGGUGAGAAAUUUGGUCUACACAGUGAAAGCCAACCCAAAUGCAGAACUCAACUUGGGGUUUAAGAAGGAGCUCAUGGAAAUCUGUGACCGUCUAGAGAAAAACCAGACGAAGAUGGCCACCUACCUGGCAGAACUCUUGAUCCUCAACUAUGGCACACACAUAAUCACUAGUGUGGAUGCUGGGGCUACACUGGUUCAGGAGGAUCAUGUAAAGUCCUCCUAUCUUAAGAACAAUAAGGGAAACCGUGCUGCUGUGGCUGCAUCUGCUGGAUUUACUUUCGCAAAGGUUGUGAACUUCAAAAUAGAGACAGGCUUUGAGUAUCAAAAUAACUUGGCCACAGGCUAUCUUCAAAACAGAACCGGUUCUAGGGUUCAGAGUAUUGGAGGAAUUCCCUUCUACCCAGGGAUGACCAUCGAAACCUGGCAGAAGGGCAUCAUUAACCACCUGGUGGCAGUGGACCGUGCUGGCUUGCCUCUGCAUUUCUUUAUCAAACCUGAAAAGCUUCCUGCUUUUCCACGCCACUUGGUGGAGCAACUGGCAAAGACAGUGGAAACUGCUGCGGAAAGCUAUUACAACUUUAAUACAUACCCAGGCUGCACAAAUAUCAACUCCCCCAACUUUGAUUUUCAAGCCAAUACAGAUGAUGGCUCUUGUGAUGGUAAACUGGUCAACGCUCCCUUUGGAGGGGUUUAUCAGUUGUGCCGUCAAUUAUCAGGGCAUGAUUACGAUGACAUGUGCCUAGAUUUCCAUCAGAAGAAUCCACUUACUGGUGAUUUCUCUUGUCCGCCUGACUACACCCCUGUCCAUCUGCUAUCUCAGACCCAUGAGAAGGGUUAUACUGGAAUGGAAUGUAGAGAUAAAUGUAUCCUCAAGAUAUUCUGUCGUACAUCGUGUAAAGAUGAGUUCAGAGUGGCCAAGGCUGAAGUUAGCUCUUAUUGGUGUGCGGCCAGUAGCCAAGUACCAGAAAACUCAGGAAUUCUCUUUGGAGGAGUCUUCACUGACAAGAGCAUCAACCCUAUGACAAAUGAACCAUCGUGCCCAACCAGUUACUUUCCUCUGAAGCUGUUUGAGAACGUCAAGGUAUGUGUUUCUCUGGAUCAUGAGUUGGGGCCCAAAUAUUCAGUCCCCUUUGGUGGGUUUUUUAGCUGCACAAAAGGGAACCCCUUGUAUGGUUCUUUCACAUCUGGAGACUUAGAGAAAUCAUUUCUGCCAAAGUGUCCCGGGGGCUUCAGCCAACAGCUCGCUGCGAUCAUUGAUGGAUGCCAAGUGUCCUACUGUGUCAAGGCUGGAGUCUUUACACGAGCAUCUCUGGCUCCUGCUAGGCUCCCACCUUACACUCAGCUACCUAUGAGUCAGCUUUCCACUGACUCAGUUGAGAUGACAGGGGAGAGUCCCAUAUCCUGGGUUAAGGACCCCUAUACCCUGCAAUGGAACCUAGAGGAGUCAUCAAAAAGUGGUAGACUAUCAGGAGGAUCAACUGCUGCAAUCACAAUUGUGGUUAUCCUAGCAUUAGGAGUUUUAACUGCUAUGGCCAUCUAUGGCAACCGGAGGUUUAAGAAGAAUAAACCCAAUGGACUUCCAAGACAACAGGCAUUGCUUCCUUUUCCAAGAGUUAGAGUCUUUCCUGAUGGAGUGCAGGAUCCAAAUCCAGCUUAAUUCUUCUUUAAAGAAACAGUUCCUCUCAUCUCCAGACACAGGUUCAAGCUCCUCUUUCAGUCCUUUCUCCUCUACCUCUGCCUUCCUAAGAGCUAAAGCAGAAGUCGCAACCGAAAGAAGGUUUUUUAUAACUUUGUGGUUAUGUUUAUGACUAUACAUUGGGAAUUAAAGGAUCUGUGCAAAUAAGGCAGGGGAAGGAAAACUUGCAACCCAGUCAGCAAAAACAAGCCCAGGUUCUCAGCCAUUGUCGGAAUGCUCAUUCCCACACAAGCCACUGGUGUCUUCACCUGAAUCUCUGCAUGAAAGAACAACUGGGUGGAGAGCAACAAGAACUUUGGGAUGAAGCUGCUCUUAUUGUGAAGUUGGCAAAGGUUUUCCAAUUUGUGAGCAGAACACUUUGCCUUCCCUGUAUCUUGUUUUGUAUUUUAGCCUCUUAAAGACAACCCAAACUCUGAGAACAUGCAGAUGGUCCAGUUCAACCAGUGUUGUGGAGACUCCAAAACUCUGUACUGAUGACUGCGUCAUCUCCCUGUGUGCCUGAAGGGCACAGAGUUCAGAACAAGUCCACUUUCUGUCUGCUGCACAGUUAGAAUUUACCUUGUUCAACCUACUUUUAGAGCAAUUUUAACUUGUGAACUUCCCAUGCAAUGUCCAAGGCAAAAGGGUGGUGGGGAACUGGAAAUAAAUCAAGAAAUGUAAAAACUGAAGAGGACUCCGAUGUUUUAGGAACUUGCUGGUUUCUUUUAGCCAACUGAUGUCUACCUUUGAGCUCAUCAUAUAGUGGACAGGGAAAGGGACUGUUGUUGAGAUGGAUCAAUUAUUAUGGUUUAGUUUUCCAUGUUACCAAAAGUAUAACCCUUUCUCUUUCUGCAACUAGCACUCACCCUUAAUGUCUUCCCAUCAGAAGUGUGAAUACAGAUACAAAGUCACAUGAAUAGAUACACCCUUAUUACAGCAAGAAGUAUUUAUUUUCCUAGAAGUGAAAGAUGUCAAAAUCAAUAUAAUCCCACAUUUAACUAUUAUUUUCUCCCUAAAACUAAUGCCAAACAGAAGACAUCAUGUCCUGUCCAUUUAGGUUUGCUUGUUUUCACUGCUACAAAGAGGGCUGAUGUGAUAAAAAGUUGCAUCAUUAAGUUAGCUGGAACAGACACCCAAAAUCACCUGUGACAUGCAUUUCAGAUCCAGGAUGGCUUCCAUGGGGCAUCCAGCAGGCUGCAUGACUGACACCUGGCAAUAGCUGGGUUUUGCUCAAUUUUUAUAUCUAAGAAUUUAAUUCUUUACAACAUGAAAAUUCCUCUACAGCUGCUUUAGAAAUUAUGUAUCUAUUUACCAUAGCACAUCAUCAGUGAGCUAUCUUCUAUGAAAAACGAUGUGUUCUCUCCUUUAUGCUAACAAUCAAGGGCUUGUGCACAUAGUAGACCCUCCUGAAGAGCUCCAUGUGUCUCAGCCUCUGGGAUUAGGGGAAAAAUUAUUCAUUUGUUUUCAGCUGAGAUGUGGAGAGGAGUGAAUAGCUGAGUUUGAAGUCUGCCCUACUGGCUAUCCACCCAAGGGGUUGAUUGUAUAUGCUCUUCACAAAACCUGCCUUUUUCAGUAUUAAAAUGUUCAGUAUUAAGAC